AUUUUCCAAUAAGCGAAAAAUCCGUUGACUUCAAGCUUUCCUUCAAGAGAAAAUCAGAUUUUCUUCAUAAGAAGGAUAAUAUAUUCAAACGAUGAAGUCUUCAAACAUAACAACACCGCCUAGCAUAGGAAUAGCCAAUGAUACUGAACUCGAUGUCGAUGAUGUUGAAGAUCUUGGGAGCACGGAGAAUAAAGCCCGCGAAGAAAACAUGUUUAAACUGGAUAAGAUUAAGAUAAUUCUUAAGCCAUUGCACUUCUCCCUAAGAUGUUUUGGUCUUGCAUAUGAUGGAGCAUUUCAAGGUCUUUCUUCGAAAUUUAACUCCAUUGAGCCUGAAAAUAACACCCCUACUGAUUCCAAUGAUAUUGAAGCAGGAAACGAGGURGAUAACAGAAGACAACCAAUGCAGAGCUCGAAGUGUAACCUGGGAAAAUGCUAUUGUAUCGCCAUAUCGGUAGCGAUGUGUUACCAAGUGAUAGUCUCAUUCAUGAAUUUCUUUGAUGCCAAGAAUUUCUUAGAUAUAAUGCAGACCUCAGUUCCCGUUGCAUGGAUGACGCUGUGCGCAAGUCAACAACUUGUGUUCUUCCGUGCAAGUUGUACAACAAUUAAAAAGAUGUCCAAAUUUGGUAAAUUCCUUAAAGAGUUAGUUUCGGUAAAGGCAAAUGACAUGUCCAGCACCGCACGUCAGAUUAAAGCGAUAGUACUUGUGGCCUGGCUUGCAUAUAUCACCAACACCUUCAUAGUUUCUUUCGGUCUGAUUUUCUCAGCCGAUGAAACGACGGGACGAAAUGAAUUUCGAGAGAUCUUGGUUGGCAAGAGGUAUGAAAAUUUUCUCAUCAUAACCUACAUAUAUUUGUCAAUUAAUUUGUUCUUGUCCGGAGUUUGGUUGUUUUCUACAGCAGCCUAUGUAGCCUUGUGUGUCCUCGUUGCUAAGCGAUUUGAUGACGUCUUCAAGAGGACAUCUGCUGCUAUCUCUUUGAAAAAGAGUCUCAACUUUGCAGCACUUCGAAAAGAACACGUUCAGCUCUGUCACGUGGUCUCCGCUUUGGAUGACACGUUGUCGCCCUCCUGUUUAGUCUACUAUGCCAUCUAUAUACCGAUCACCUGUGUUUCAUUGAACGUCUGCAUCAUUACCUUCGAGGAAUCGUCAACAAUCAAACGUGUGGCGUUCAUAUUCUGGAUCAUAAGCAAUGUUAUUAUCCUCUUUCUAGUCUCUGUCUCUGGUGCUCUUGUUAGCCACAAGACAAACAGUUUGUCUGAAGUCAUUUAUGACAUCAAUGCUAAUGAUCUUGACAGAGAAAGCGAGCUAGAGAUGAUGCUUCUCAUAUCCAACUUGAAUAGUAACAGUACAGGGCUGACUGUCGGGGGUUUGACCACCAUAGACAAGGGGAUGAUUAUCACUGUGUUUGGUACUGUCGUUGCAUAUUUUACUUUUCUUAUCCAGCUCAAGUGAAAACACCUAUAGAAACCUCUCUCUCUCUCUCUCUACAACAUUAUGAUUUGAUGACGUAAUUCAUCGGUAUGUCCUACUGCUUCACCCGACUCUAGCUUAGACCAAUCAGAAAGCGAGAUAAUUCACAAUGUUGUAAAACAUAGAAUAUCUCACGAUUCACUUGUAUUUCCUAUUCUCCAAAGGAGGCUUCAGGCGAGAAUAUAUACUAAGGGAAAAUAAAGUGGGAUAUUCCAUGGUGUGUCACGAGAA